UUCUCGAACACGAGACGGUAUUAAGUGUGGCCACCACCUCAUCUUCCCCAAAUCCCCACGUCUUGAGAAUCCCCUCCCCCGUCGGAAGAGCGACAGCGCCCGGCCCUCCUCCGCGCCCUUUGAUCUGCACCGCACCCCCUCCUCGCCAUUUUCCCCUAUAUCGCGGUCGCCCUCCAAGAUUUUGCCAAAGAUGGAAAGAAGUACCAGAAGCCAUCGUCGCCGUUCAUCUCAUAGGAUCAGGUCAACUCCAUAUCCUUUACCUUCAUACCAAAGGAAAGUUCCCAGAAAAGAAGAAAAUCCAAGGAAAGCAUUAUUGGCCUGGGAAAAGAAGGAUUGGGAAGAUGCAACGUGCCCUGUGUGCUUGGAGUUCCCACACGAUGCUGUCCUCCUCCUCUGCUCGUCUCAUGACAAGGGCUGCCGUCCCUACAUGUGUGCGACGAGCUACCACUUCUCUAACUGCCUUGAUCAAUUCCAGAAGGCAUAUGCUAAAGAGGCAUCCUCUCAUAAUGAGACUCUGGCAGAAAACUUGAGCCAUGGUUGGCCUGCAUGGAAGAAAUCUGAGGUAAUGGAGCUAACAUGCCCUCUAUGUCGUGGGCAGGUGAAGGGAUGGACAGUGGUGGAACCAGCACGAGAACAUCUCAAUAGAAAAAAGAGAAGCUGCAUGCAGGACAAUUGCUCAUUCAUGGGGUCAUACAAAGAGCUCUGGAAGCAUGUGAAGGCUGAGCAUCCAUUUGCAAAGCCUCAUGCUGUGGACCCUGCACAUGAACAGAAAUGGAGAGCAUUGGAGUACCAGAGCGAGCGGGCAGAUGUGCUUAGUACGAUAAGGUCAUCGAUGCCAAGGGCAGUGGUGUUUGGUGAUUAUGUGAUCGACAUGGAUGAUAGUGAACUUGAUACUGAUGAUGAUGGGGAUGGAAUCUUUGAAGGAAAUAGGAGUAUUUUUUAUUUGAUCUUUCAGGAGGCUGCUCGCCGUGCACGGCGAAACAUAAGCAAUGGUGUAUCUGAGGUUAGGGAAGAGGAUGAUGGUCUUGUUCCUGUCAUGGCGGCGGCGGCUGGUGGUGGUGGUGGUGGUGCUGCUGCUGCUGAUUUAACUGUUGUUCGCUCCUCGGAGGAAUAUGAUGAAAGUGCUGCAGCACGUGUAAUCAGAUCUGACAGACAACAGAGGCUGCUGCAGCAGCGUCGUGGUAGGAGACGGGGGAGAAGUGUGAACUGAUGAAGAAUCAAGAUGGCUUGGAGGGUUCAUUAUUGGCUAGUUAAAGUGGAGGAAGGCCACAUUUAUGAUGUUUAGUUACCAGAUAUAUUUGAAUUAUCUUUUUUAAAAAAAAAUUAAUGUUCAUUUACUUAAGGUGUCAUCCAGUAUUCAGUAUUUUAUGUCAAUUAUUUACCUGGCUGGUGGUGGCAGCCCAGAAAGCAUUGAUGAGCCCUGAUAAUUAUGGUUGCUUGGCAUGUUGCAUAUUCCGGUAAGAAUCCAUGGCUGAAUCCGCAUACAUCUCCCGUUUCUGGUUUUGUUCAAUUUGGAGUUACUGUCUGGUUCUUUCCUUUAAAUGUCUCGAAUAUGGUGGUUCGUUCUGCACCUUAUUUGUUUGACAUACAUGGUUCUCUUCUUGCUAGAUCAUUCAAAGCAGCGAUUGUUCAUCGCGUAUUGGAAGGGUAACGAUGGAACUUGGGCAUGAAAUUGCCUGGACUCUUCACUGUUAUUGGAUUAUUUAUAAAAUCUGAAUAUAAAAAUAUGGUAUUUUAUUGA